GGUCGGAGACGACGAGACAGAGAAAGAAACGCGGACUGGAGACCCGAGCAGGGGGCGCCCACCGUUAAUUAGAGCAGCACUGCACCAAUUUAUCUCUCAAGCAGCUUUCUUCUCCGAAUUUUGACUGGAAGCAGAGCAAGCGAGUAAACAGCAAUGCGAGAUGGCUCCAGCUGCCCCAGCAGAAGAUAACCCAAGUCCUCGGAAGAGAGUAGCUGUUGUGGGUGCUGGUGUCAGUGGGCUUGCUGCGGCUUACAAGUUGAAGUCACAUGGGUUGAGUGUCACUGUGUUUGAAGCUGAAGGAAGGGUUGGAGGCAAGUUAAGGAGUGUCUCACAUAAUGGUCUUGUUUGGGAUGAGGGAGCCAACACAAUGACUGAAAGCGAAGCAGAGGUUCGAAAUCUACUCGAUGAUCUUGCACUUCGCGAAAAGCAGCAAUAUCCACUUUCACAGAACAAGAGAUAUAUUGUCAGAAAUGGAAUGCCUGUGAUGAUACCCACAAAUCCAAUUGGGCUGAUUCAGAGCAGCAUCCUUUCUACCCAGUCAAAGCUAAGGAUUCUUCUGGAGCCUUUUCUGUGGAAGAACAAUACUUCCGAAGGAUCUCAAGAUGCAAAUGAGAGCAGUGUAGGUGGGUUCUUUGAGCGGCAUUUUGGUAGAGAGGUUGUUGAUUAUCUUAUUGACCCGUUUGUAGCGGGCACUAGUGCUGGAGAUCCCGAAUCUCUCUCUAUGCGUCAUGCUUUUCCUGAAUUGUGGAAUCUAGAGCAGAGAUUUGGUUCCAUCAUAGCUGGAGCAUUUCAGUCACAAUCAUCUGGCAAGAGAGAGAAAAUGGGAGACUCAAAGGGCUCGCUAGAAAAACGAAAGCGUCCACGAGGUUCAUUUUCUUUUCAAGGUGGAAUGCAGACACUUGCCAACACCUUAUGUGAAAAGCUUGGGAAUGACAACCUUAAAUUACAGUCAAAGGUUUUGUCGCUAUGCUACAGUCAUGAUGGUAAACCUUCAUCAGAGGAUUGGUCACUCGUUUUUGCUUCUGAUAAAAAGCAUUCCCAGAAGUCAUCAUUUGAUGCCGUGAUAAUGACGGCUCCUUUAUCUAGCGUCAAGGAAAUAGAGAUUACAAAACGGGGAACCUUAUUCCCCCUAAACUUUAUUCCCGAGGUAAUUUACAUGCCAUUGUCGGUUAUCGUCACUACCUUCAAGAAGGAGAACGUGAAGAGACCGCUGGAGGGUUUUGGAGUUCUUGUUUCUUCUAAGGAGCAGAAGAAUGGUUUGAGGACUCUUGGUACACUCUUCUCCUCUAUGAUGUUCCCUGAUCGUGCACCCAGUGAUCUUUACCUUUACACUACCUUUGUUGGGGGUAGUCGAAACAUGGAACUUGCUAAAGCUUCGAUAGAUGAACUAAAGCAGGUUGUAACAUCUGAUCUGAGACAAUUGCUCAGAGCUGAGGGAGAGCCCACGUUUGUGAAUCAUUAUUAUUGGAGUAAAGCAUUCCCACUGUAUGGGCACAACUAUGAAUCGGUGUUGCAAGCAAUCAAGAAGAUGGAAGAAGAACUUCCUGGUUUCUUCUAUGCAGGGAACCAUAAAGGAGGGCUCUCCGUGGGCAAAGCAAUUGCCUCGGGAUGUCAAGCAGCUGAGCUUGUGAUAUCAUAUUUGAACUCCACUUCAGACGACAGGGGCGUAUGACAGGGAAGGAAACCUCAUGCUGUGCUCGUUUUUCUGCAUCUGAGCAUAAAUUUUUAAGCAGUUGAGAGAUCAUGUGAGUACGAAAACAAAGAUUUCAUGAACAGAAAGUUCGGGAGAAAAACUAUAUUAUGAUUUUUUACAAUGCAAAGCUUCACAUGUUCUGAUGAUGA